AUGAGCCCUCCCCAAAGAGGACGUGGUGGUGGUGGUGGUGGUGGCCGUGGAAGAGGUUUAGCCAAAGGCGGUGGAGGAAGUGCCGUAAGAGGCCGUGGAAGUGAAUCCGGCGGAGGAAUUAAAGGAGGAAACAAAGUGUUAGUGGCGCCACACAGGCACGCAGGAGUGUUCAUUGCCAAGAGUAAAGGAGAUGCUCUUGUCACCAAGAACUUAGUUCCUGGUGAAAUCAUUUACGAUGAGAAGAGAAUCUUUGUUCAAAACGAAGAUCGAUCUACAGUUGAAUACAGAAUUUGGAACCCUCAUAGAUCUAAGUUAGCUGCUGCUAUUAACAUUGGUGUUGAUAACAUUUGGAUCAAUCCUGGUCUUAAAGUUCUUUACCUUGGUGCUUCUUCCGGAUACACUGUAUCUCAUGUCUCUGACAUUGUUGGCCAUGAGGGAUGUGUUUACGCUGUUGAGCAUUCUCAUAUAUGUGGUAGCGAUUUGGUGAACAUGACUGAGAAGAGAACUAAUGUUAUACCAAUCAUUGAAGAUGCUAGACAUCCUGCUAAAUACAGAAUGCUUGUUGGCAUGGUUGAUAUCAUAUUAUGUGAUAUUAAUCAACCAGACCAAGCUACGAUCAUAGCUCUCAACGCAUCAUAUUUCCUCAAACCUGGAGCUCAUUUUAUGAUUACUAUAAACGCGAAUAGUAUAGACUCAAAGUUAUCAGCAGAAACAGUGUAUCAGAAGGAAGUGGAGAAGCUGCAAAUGGAAGAGUUGAGACCAACAGAGAUAUUGCCUCUUGACAAUUGUGAGGGUGACCAUGCUUGUGUUUUUGGUGGAUAUCGCUUGCCUAGGAAGCAAAAUAGCUGA